AUCAAGUUGUUUAUCUAAUGGAAUGACAACUUAUAAUGAAUUAAUAGCAUCACUUCGACAAACAGGAUUUUAUAUGAUCCAAGCUGGAGCUGGAGCGAAUUCCGUUACUGAAUCAAAAACUGCAGUAAAAUUACUUAUAUUAGUUAAUAAAGUUGGUAAGGCAUGGUUAGAUUGUGGAAGAAGUGAUAAAGCUGAUGAAAUUUUGCGAUCAAUUACUUCG